ACGAAAAGGAGAAAAAAAAAGGCUCGCAGCCCUUGCAAGUGGUCGUUUUCAGAGGGCACACAGCGGUGAAGGCGUUGCAGCAGUUGUGAGGCUACCGCUUGCGAGCCAUAGUUCAGUACCGAAUACACCACAGACGAUGAACACAGAAGAACAGACAAAGAGGGUGGUGCAGCAGUUCAGACACUACCCUUACCUCAUCUCCAAACCCGAUCUUGGCCGUUGGCAUCGGCAUCUCGGCCUACUAUCUCUACGAGAAGAGAGUUGGCAGAGAGCCGGGCCACUCGUUAAACGAGUUGCUUUGGGCAAAAUGGAACAGCUACAAAAAGGCAGACUAAUUCAGUCUACUAUGCAGCACAUUUGUAUAAAUCUGCAGACCGGACUGGCUAAUUGUGGAAUUGGCAAGUGGGGUCUGCACCCCCUCCUUCUUGCUAUUUAAUAUUAAUAAACCCCGUUGGUUCGAACUACCUCUACACCCCACCAAACUUGACACCGCCGAUGUUGUUUUCGUCGUCCUUCAUGAUGGUGGCCUUGCCCUGCUUGACCAACUUCUCGAGGACACGCACCAUCAUG